AUGUCGGUAAGUUCCCAGCAUUCUCAUAGCUUUGGAGUCGAGAGUACUAGUGAUUACCUGCCCAUGUACAACGGCUCUUCUCCUUCGCUUGCUGAGCUCGUGGCCUUGUGGUAUCUUCAAAUACAAAAGACUGAUACCAAGAUCACCUCCUGGGCAUCGAAAGAUGGAGAAUUUAGACGUCAGGCUUCGUCGUUUCGCGACCAAAUUUCAUCUGCCCCAGAUGCACAAUUCCCAGCAGAAAAAGGGAGAUACCAUCUCUACGUCAGCUACGCGUGUCCUUGGGCUACUAGAACAUUAAUCGUUCGUCAACUUAAAGGCCUGGAGGAUAUCAUUUCCGUCAGCGUCGUUCAUUGGCAUCUUGGAGAAAAGGGAUGGCGCUUCGCAGAAGUCGACGAGAAAAUCCCGGAUGCCGGCCCAGAUGACCUAGUUGGUGCAAAGUUCUUGCGAGAGGUUUAUUUCUCUGUCAAUCCUGAUUAUACCGGACGUUUUACCGUUCCCGUCCUCUGGGAUAAGAAGCUCAAAACUAUUGUCAACAACGAGAGCAGUGAGAUCAUUCGCAUGCUCUACACCGAAUUCGAUGGUCUCAUUGCAGACGAGUAUAAGAACCUCAACUUCUAUGCGCCAGAGCAUGCCAAACAAAUUGAUGAAAUGAACGAUUGGAUUUAUGACACUAUCAACAACGGAGUUUAUAAGUCAGGCUUUGCUAGUACUCAGGAGGCAUAUGAGAGGAACGUUCUCAGACUCUUCGAAGCCCUCGACCGUGUAGAGGAUAUUUUGAACAAGUCGGAUGGUCCUUAUCUCCUCGGGAAGACCCUCACGGAAGCGGAUAUCAGACUAUUCCCGACAAUAAUUCGCUUUGAUCCGGUGUAUGUUCAGCACUUCAAAUGUAAUAUCAAAAUGAUCCGCCACGAUUAUCCAGUGAUUCACAAGUGGAUGCAGCACCUUUACUGGGACAUCCCAGCGUUCAAGGACACUUGCAAUUUUGAACAUAUCAAAAAGCAUUACACAAAGAGCCAUACUCAGAUCAAUCCCUUCUCAAUCACGCCAGUCGGCCCUGUUCCAGAUAUUUUGCCGAAAUCAGAAUAA